UACUCGCCAUUUGGUCACUGAGUCUGUGUGGCGCACUAUGAGCAAAUACGAUGCUAAAAAUUGCGAAUUUUCACUCUGUAAACGUAUUUUUUUCUACAAUCAAACAGCAAAGUAGCAAAAAAACAAAGAAUCUUUUAACACCCAAUUUUUCUUCGUUUACACUCUGUAAAAAACAAUAAAUACAAUGGUUUCAACUUUCUGUUAUGUUUUACUACCAGUUGUCUUUAUAAUCGGUCUUCUUCGAAAAUGUCGAGAAUACUCCUGGGGAAGAUACAAAGACAAGGAGGUGGAUUUGAGUGAUCGAGUUUUUAUUGUAACCGGUGCAAAUUCCGGCAUUGGCAAAGAAACAACAAGGGAAUUAGUAAAACGAAAGGCAAAAGUUAUUAUGGCAUGCAGAAAUAUGGAAAAUGCCAGAAAAGCAAUUGAUGAUAUACGCACACAAGUAACUUCUGGAGAAUUGAUUCCAAUGGAACUGGAUCUUAGUUCUCUGAAAUCGGUCCGUAAUUUCGCUACUCAAGUUUUGAACGACUUUCCCAAAAUUAAUGUUUUAAUUAACAACGCCGGAGUCUAUGUGCCUUUGAAAGAACAUGCUUUUACGGAAAAUGGUUUUGAGAUUCAUUUUGGAAUUAAUCACUUGGGUCACUUUUUACUCACCUAUUUAUUGUUGGACAAAUUAAAAGAAAGUGCUCCCAGUAGAAUUGUAAUAGUUACUUCAAAACUUCUCGAAUCUGGAACAAUCGAUUUUGACAAUUUAAACGGAGAAAAAGGAUUGACGACCGAGGGACGCAUGAAUCCAAGUUAUUGCAAUUCAAAAUUAGCAAAUGUCUAUUUUGCUAUUGAUUUGGCGAGAAGAAUGAAAGACACCGGAGUUUCUGUUCAUAGUGUUUGUCCCGGUUUCACUUACACAGGAUUAUUCAGACACGUUAAACGAAGUUGGCUACACUACAUUAUAUUUUCGCCAAUUGCACUGUUGUAUCUUCGAACUUCAAAUCAGGGAGCACAAACUAUUGUAUACUGUGCAUUAAGUCCUACUUUGGAAAACGAGAGUGGAAAUAUUUACAGAGACUGUAAUUUAUACGAACCGAAGAAAAUUUUAGAUCCUGAGAUUGCAACAAAACUUUGGGACGUGAGUGCAAAACUCACGAAAAUCACUAAUUAGAAUUUGGAAAAAGUGAAAGCACAAAGUGCACAGAGAAUACAAAGACUUAGAGACUUUAGUGCACUAAAAUACGUACAAACUUAAUUUUUUCUUUACUUAAACUGACAUUUACAAAAAAAAAAAAAAAUCAUUCUUGCGUGAUAAUGGAGUACCUUAAAUUUUCUAAGGACUUUUUUUCUAAAUGCGAAUAAUAUCAAAUAACUUACAAACUUCGCGAUAUAUUACAGAAUUUAUUUACGAUAUUGAAUUCUCAUUCAAUUGGUCCAAGUGUAAAUACACAAUUCAAAUAUGUUUA